AUGCUGCCCUCGCAGGAGGCCUCCAAGCUCUACCAUGAGCACUACAUGCGGAACUCGCGGGCCAUCGGCGUGCUAUGGGCCAUCUUCACCAUCUGCUUCGCCAUCAUCAACGUGGUGGUCUUCAUCCAGCCCUACUGGGUGGGCGACAGCGUGAGCACCCCCAAGCCUGGCUACUUCGGCCUCUUCCACUACUGUGUGGGCAGCGGGCUGGCGGGCCGCGAGCUUACCUGCCGCGGCUCGUUCACCGACUUCAGCACCAUCCCGUCCGGCGCCUUCAAGGCAGCCGCCUUCUUCGUGCUGCUCUCCAUGGUGCUGAUCCUCGGCUGUAUCACCUGCUUUGCGCUUUUCUUCUUCUGCAACACGGCCACGGUCUACAAGAUCUGCGCCUGGAUGCAGCUCUUGGCAGCUCUGUGCCUUGUGCUGGGCUGCAUGAUCUUCCCCGACGGCUGGGACGCCGAGACGAUCCGGGACAUGUGCGGGGCCAAGACCGGGAAGUACUCCCUGGGGGACUGUUCAGUGCGCUGGGCGUACAUCCUGGCCAUCAUCGGCAUCCUCAACGCCCUCAUCCUCUCCUUCCUCGCCUUCGUGCUGGGCAACCGGCAAACAGACCUGCUGCAGGAGGAGCUCAAGCAGGAGAACAAAGAUUUUGUGGGCUCUACAGUAAGCUCUGUGUUGCGGCCAGGGGGUGAUGUCUCAGGAUGGGGAGUCCUCCCCUGUCCCGUCGCUCACUCACAGGGACCCUGAGGGCCAGGAUCACAGCCCAGGAAUUGACCUGUCCUCAGCUUCUCCCGUUGCCUGCCCUCUCAUCCCUUCAUUCAAGCUCCAGGGGAAGACCCCAUCGAGGACUGACUUCUCAUCUGCUACCUGCCUGUAGCUCCAGGCUUUGAAGAGAUCGGGGCUGGGAUGCAGUGUGGGGGAGGGCCUGAUUCUGCUCUUCCCUCAACUGACCUAAGGGAGCUGGAGCCCCAGGCCCUUGGGCUUCUCCUUUCCUCCCUAGCCUGGCCUGGGGACCCUGCAGAGUCUCCAGGGGAGGAGACGCCGUGGUUCCAGUUCCCCAGGCCCCCUCAGUCUGGAGGGCUGCUGCCUGGCUGUAUCCUUGCCUCCUCUGGUCCCUGCCUCCUGCAGAAACUUAUUCAAGACACUGGCCUAGGGUGGACCGGACUUUUUCCUACUUUUUUCUCCUCCGAUGAUGGUUCCAUCAUAUCAUUACAGAGCUCCAGGCGCCACCAGCCUCCCUGGGGCCUCUCUGCCCCGCUCCAGCCUGUUCUCACCUCUCCCAAAGGAGUCUGAGCUGCACUGAGGGAGAAAGCACAGGGCCUCCCUGUCAACGGCUGACUGGGGCCCUGGGCAGCCCAGAGACUGAGGACAGACAGGCUCUGGAGGCAGUAGGAGGGGGUGCUCGGACUCCUGUCUUGGUGGCAUCUGAUCAUGGCAGCUGGGGCUGGAAGGGGCUCAACCUGGGGCUGGCCCGGCCUCCUCUCUGCUGGGGUGUCUCACCAGUGACUGGACCCUUGACCCCAGCCUGUUUUGUACAGCACAGAUUUCUUGGCCCUGUUGUCAGGGCUGGGGGUUUGGGAGGGGGGCCCGAGAGUGGGGAAUUAGGGGAUACAUCACCCCUCUGCCCCUUCUCAUGCCCCCAGCCCAGGCAUCUGCCAAGGGCAGAGACUGUCUUGCCUCUUUGAUACUUUUUCUGCAUAACUUGAACUUGCAGGUCACCUCUGAACAGGGUACCCCCUGUCCCCAUCCCCAGGCCUUGUAACCCUAUCCCUACCUCCACUUCCUCCCCUUGCCCACCUCUCGCCUUGCGGUAUGCCCAGGGUCUGCAGCCCAAUGGGCAGUGCUUGGAGCUGAGGCAUGAGUGUGUGUGUGUGUGUGUGUGUGUGUGUGUGCGCGCGUG